UUUAUUAAUUAUUACUAUGUCGUGUUUCGUUAUAAGACAAAAAUAUAUAUCGUAAUUUACGAUAUAAAUGUGUUGUACUUUACCAGUGUCGUUGCGUUUGCGUACACCGCACGUGCACAAUUUUUUUACCACGCGUGUGCCUACAUUAUAAUAAUAUUGUUUUAGUAGUCGCGAAGUCUAUUACAAGUAAAGCAUAACGUAUCGACGAGUCGAUGUAAAACAACGAUUUCGAGCGUACCGAUGACAUCAAAAUUCUACUAUCAAUUAUUAUUAUUAUUAUUAUGACGUGAUUUCGGUCAACGGUCAAAAAUAUCUAUCGUACUACUACAGCGCCGCACGUUAGGUAACUAUAUUAUAAUAAUAUAUUAUUCGUAAUAUUUCUGUUUCGCUGUUGCGGUCGGCACAACGCUACGUAGACGCGUCGUCAGUGUUUGCGCAGGAGGACGUCCACAGUUUUCACCGGCGAUUAAUUUCCAUUGUGACUGCUUAAACGUUUUACGAUAACGGAUCAUCAUCGUAUAUGAUAUCGUGUGUGGACGCAGUUAAUAAGUAAACAGACGAAGAGGACACGUGCCGCGAAACGAAAUAAUUCCAUCGUCUCAAGAACGAACGCGUUAGAUGUGUUGUGGGUGUCCACGCACACCACCAACAUUGUCGUCUGCAGCGUGCCACAGCGACGAUGACCGUUUACUCAACUGUACCGGUAACGACAGUGACAGCGGUACCGGAAACGCGGUAACAGAAACGUCUGCCGGCAUUUUGCACUCGUGCGAAGAAUUGAUACCGUGCGCGCGCGCGCGAGCACUGGCAAAGGUGGUCGAGUUGGGCGAUGAUACGCGUCCGGCGGCGUGUGCCGAAAGCCCGUGGCCAAUGAUCGCCGUCGUGACCCGUGACGACCACGGUAGUCGUAGAAGUGAUAUUAUGACCACAACCGCAGCGACAGUAGCGACGGCGGCGGCGGGAGCGGCGGCUUGGCAGGUCACCACUCGGUCCUCUGGUUCGCCCGCGGCAGUCUGCAAGAUGCGCUCGUCCGCCACGGUGACGACAACCGUCACCACCGUCGCCGUCAGGCUGACGGCCGUACUGUUGCUGUUGAUGGCGUCCGCUCGCCCAGCCACCGCCCUCGGACAGCUACAGGGACAGUACAACGGCCCGUAUCCGGAAAUAUGCCCCAGUGAUAUAUAUUGUCACGGCGAACUUCUUGAUGAUAUACAAAUGCAACAGCUGUAUGCAGACUCCAAAACUUUCGUAGAUAAAAAAUUACGUCGGAGCGAAGCUGAAAUCAUAAAAUCGUAUAGAGAAUUAAAAUUACGAAAUAAUGGUCGAGUACCUACUCGUGCUGUACUUACCAAGUUUGUUGAAGAAAACUUUAGUGAUGACCCGUUAGUCGAAUGGGUGCCACCUGACUUUGUUGAAAUUCCCACUGUCAGUACUUAUGUACAGGAUCAAAAUUACAAGAAUUGGAUCUUACAACUAAAUCAAAUUUGGAAAAGAUUGGCACGGAAGGUAGAUGAGGACGUUAAAGUGAACCCCGAUCGACAUUCAUCUAUUUAUUUGCCAAACGGAUUCUUCAUAGCUGGUGGCAGAUUCACCGAACUUUAUUAUUGGGAUUCGUAUUGGAUCAUAAGAGGAGCAAUACUGUGUGACAUGAAAGACACUGCCAGAGGAAUUAUACAAAACUUCCUUUACUUGGUUCAUCGCUUUGGUUAUGUACCGAAUGGAAGUAGAAUUUACUAUUUAAUGAGAUCUCAACCACCGCUCCUCAUCCAAAUGGCUGCAUCAUAUUAUACGUAUACAGAUGACUUAGAUUUUAUCAAGAAAAACAUACAAUAUCUGGAAGCGGAAUUCAAUUUUUGGAUGACAAACCGAACAAUACAAGUUAAAAAGGCAGGUAAUACCUACGUAAUGGGACAGUACAACACACAUACCCGAGGACCUCGACCUGAAUCCUAUUAUCAGGAUAAAACCUUAGCUAUGCCCUACUCCAGCUUAGACGAUAAAAAUGAGUUAUAUUCAAGAUUAAAAGCUGCCGCAGAAACUGGUUGGGAUUUUUCGUCUAAACAUUACAACAAUUUUGGUCAAAACACUGGAGAUUUGUCAAAUACAGAUCCUCAAAAUUUUAUUUACGUUGAGUUAAAUGCAAUAUUACAAGCUAAUGCUGUUGUUCUUGCUCAAUUUUUUAAAUUACUAGGUAAUCAAGCUAAAUUUAAAUAUUACGAUGACAUUGGUCAACGAUUUCAGAUUGGAAUAAACGCGUUACUGUGGAACGAAGAAGAAGGUAUUUGGUUAGAUUAUGACUUAACCACUAAACUGAGUCGUAAGUAUUUCUAUACGUCCAAUUUUGCACCAUUGUGGACUGGUAGUUAUGAAAGAAAACUUAGAACGUAUUAUGGUAAACGAGCAUUGGACUAUUUGAUAGUUAAUGGUGUUAUCAAUCAAGAUGGAACUCCAAAACUAAUCUGUGUGCCAACAUCGAAUAUAAACUCUACUCAACAAUGGGACUAUCCCAAUUGCUGGCCUCCACUUCAAGCUAUGGUAAUCCAAGGUUUAGAUCGCACUAACUACAAACCUGCCCAGACCGUUGCAAUUAACUUGGCCAAGUCGUGGAUAAACACUAAUUACGUCGGAUACAUUACCAGUGGCACCAUGUUUGAAAAGUAUAGUGCACUUGAAGUGGGUACAACCGGCGGGGGUGGCGAAUACACGCCUCAAACAGGUUUUGGAUGGACUAACGGUAUAGUGUUCGAACUUUUCCGGAGAUGGGGACACCUAUUUCGAUCUACUUAAAUACCAUACUACCGAACCGACUAUGUAUUCAUAUUGUAUUAUAUUAUAAAUCUAAUAUUUUUGUAUUAUUUUAACACUUAUGUUUUAAAUUAAAUCGACAAUGCAGUAUAUUAUGGAGAUAUUUGUACAGCAUAUCCAUUUGCAUUAUUGUAUAUAAUUAUAAUAUUGUAUAUUAUACAUAUAUUAUGUAUGACAUUCGUUUAAUAAAUUAUGAUAUUCUUAUGGAA